AUGUAUCACAAAGUGCACCACCAGUUUAUGCUUCUUCAUUCUGUCGAGACGUUGCAGCCACUGGCGUACGAGCUGGCCAAUCGCCUCCACUCAUGGAAUGCCUACCAGCCAUCGAAACUCUCGAGAAUCGAGUGCUUCAACAUCUCCAGAGUAUUGGCUCUCCCCCUUAGUCCCGAAGUUCGCCCUCUGUUUGUUGAGGGCCUUGUAAACACUUUCGGCGACUCUCCACAAAUCCCAUCCCGUGUACCGGUUUGCCUCUCAAAAGCUUCUACACAGCUUUCAAAGGCGGGGCUGACCAUACAUGCAGCUAGUCUGGAACCGUUUCCUGUCUAUCGAUUAGUUACCAUAUCCCCUAACCAAUGCCUACGAAGACCUAAUCACAAAAUGAGCGGCCCAUCUCAACAACGACUCUUUGUCUGCAUCCGUAAUACCCCAACAACCCAUGAAGAUUCAAUCAGCCUUAAGGAAAAACUACAUUUUAUUCGAAGUGGGCAAGGUGAUUGUUCUGAUCUCCCCACUGACAGAGAUCGUGACGAAGUUUGCAAUUUAUACUUUGCUGGUUGCUUUGGCGAAGACUGUGACAUUGGAUAG